AUGGAUACACACGGACCAUUACUAUUUACUGAAUUGAAAUUUGAAAAGGCUAACUUUGAAAGGGACAAUAAUAGUAAAAGGAAAAGACCUAUUUUGUCUGCAUCAAGAGAUGGCUACUGUGCUACCCCACCUAUGGCAAGGGAAAUAAGAGUUGAAAGAAUAACGAAAUUGAAAGAUAGUUUAACUG